GAAAGCUCCUAUUAAACCGUUACUGAGACCCGACUGUUUACAGUCUUGAAUUUACUCGAAGAGUAGACGGACGUGUGGACCAUUCCAUCAUGAAGUCAAUAAUCCUCUGUGUGGCAGUUUUUGCCGCUUUGUUCGGCGUUGGGUAUUCACACUCCUAUCAUCUCGGUUCUUGCCCAGUGGUCGAGCCAGUUUAUAGAUUCGAUAUGAAUCGGUAUUUGGGACUGUGGUACGUGAUCCAGAAGACGUCGACCGCUAGUAAAUGCAUCACUUAUAACUACACGCGAGGAGAUGAACCCGGCGAGUACGUGCUCACUCAGGACUCGGAUCACCCAAUUUUAGGACUAACGCCGUUGAAACACGAAUACCAUUACACGGGGGAGCUGACUGUACCGGAACCCAGCACGCCUGCACGCAUGCAAAUCCGAUUCCCACUGAGUGUGGCUGGCAGUGCUUCGCACGUUGUAUUUAUGACCGACUACGAUAAUUAUGCGGCGAUAUUCUCAUGCCAGUCGCUUGCUUUCGCCAAUCGUCAAAGUGCUACGAUCCUGUCGCGUCGUCGUGACCUGGACAGAACUCGCAUCGACGAGAUUCGCCAGCGUCUCAGCAGCUUCGGAGUCGAUCCCUACGAUAUGAGCAUAACAUCGCAGACCCGAUGUCCCAGUGGAAACAACACUGUCGACAUCAGUAUUGACCCGCAUACAUUUUCCGCUGAAAAUAUUGGCCACGUUGUGAGAAAGGCUGGGGAAAAGAUCGGCGACGGUGUCGAAUGGGUGGUGAAUGCUGGCAGCAAAGUUUACCACAAGUUAACUGGAACAGGCUCCGAAGACUCGUCGACGCGGCCGCAAAACGUGACGGCGAACAUUAGACCGAAUAUACAAGAAUCCAAUCCGGAAGUUAACGACGUCGAAUGGAUACCUUAAAUUAUUAUAUUUGUGGUAUCUGCGCAUUGUAAAUUCAUUAAGGGACCGUACAUGUUUAGGUGACCGGUUAGUUUACAAAAUAACUAACUAUCAUAUGUGGUGAUUUAAAAAAUUUUAAGUAAUCUCUGCUCAUUUUUGUAUAAACCGCUGAUCGUUAUACGUAAUGUAUAGUCAUAUUUACUUUCGUCGUUUGAAUCUCCGGUUUUAUUCCUGCUUCUUAAUCUUCUUUAGUUGAUGCGUUAAUGCGGCUGGAAUUCACGACUGUUUAUGUACUGCUAGGCCGUAAAUCAUAUUAUACGAUUAUACGUUCUGUCGACUGAUUUUUUAUUCUAUUUUUCACUCGAUAAUAAUAUUGAACAAGUUGAUUUACGUCGGUUACCGCGAUGACGAAUAAUUGUCGCCAAUACACAUUCUUAUAUGUGAUAAGAAGACGAAAAAUCAAACUAAUUUUUAAUUUGUUAUAGAAAUAAAUUUCACUUUUUUAAGU